AUGGCGUCUCCACCACCUCCAGGCUACGGCUCUCCAGCACAUGGGGGCUACUAUCCUCCACCUCCUAGUGGGCCUCCUGAAAGCCGUACCUACCCUCCACCAGUCCAAUCAUUCCCACCGCCUCCCUCCUCGCCCGGCUUCCCACCCCCACAACCACAAUCCUACCCACCUCCACCUUCUCAGCCGUCCCCUUCCUUAGGCAGCUACCCCCCUCCACCCCUACAGCAACAGUACGCCAGCAAUGGCCACCGCGCAUCAUUUGCCCCUCCCCCACAAGCCGCGACUCCUUCCCCUUCCUACACUCCAGAGAAGAAACCCUCUGCGGAAUUGUACCAGGAACCGCCUCCCUCUGCGGGAUUCGUUGGAAACCGAAAGAACUCACAGCCGGCCAUGACCCCGGAGAAGCCGCCGCUGAAUACGAAUCAGUCUUCACAAAUGCCAGGAGGAGCACCGCCGCAGGGCCACUUUACAGGUGCUGGAGCGACUACGCAGGAUGAUACUGGGACUUUCAAUGGCGGAAGCUAUCGAAUAAGUCAUAGAAACACCAAUACUAUCCUAACGCUUCAAUUAGCUAUGGGUUGUCCUUUGCACGCAAAGCCAGGAAUCAUGAUCGCAAUGUCCCCUACCAUAACCCUCAAAGGCGCCGUCAAAUUCUCCAUGAAGAAGCUCGUCGCCGGCGGCGAGAUAAUGACAUCCACCUACACCGGCCCCGGCGAACUCCUCUUCUCUCCUCCCUUUCUCGGAGACAUCACCACCUUACGUCUUACAGGCAAAGAGCAAUGGAAUGUAGGCAAGGACGCCUUCAUGGCUGCUACGCAGGGUAUUGUGAAGGAGUUGAAGAACCAGGGGUUUAGCAAAGCUAUGUUUUCAGGGGAGGGACUUUUUGUCUAUAAGAUGAGUGGGACAGGGAUCUUAUGGUUGGCGAGUUUUGGUGCUAUUAUUAGGAAAGAUCUCGUUGAAGGCGAGAAAUACAUCAUCGACAACGGCCACCUCGUAGCCUGGAACUGCAAGUACGUGAUGGAGCGCGUAGCAAGCGGAGGUAUCAUCUCCGGCAUCAGCAGCGGAGAAGGGUUGGUCUGCAAGUUUUCAGGGCCGGGGACUGUAUUCAUGCAGACAAGGAAUCCGAAGGAGUUUGCAGCAUGGAUGGGAGCACAUGCUGCUAAUGCUUGA